UGUGAGCCAAUGGAAUAACCUAGGUAACCACAGGUUGUUUUUCCCCACAGGAAGGCUGGGCAUGACUUCGAUCUAAUUCCUACUGACUAUUGUUAGGGGGGAGUAUCUCACCCCUAGACUACGAAUGCGUCACGGACAUGCAGGUUAGUGAGUAAUCGCGGGCGUGGUAGCAUGCCUACAUUUCUAGGGUCAUAUUAGAACAAAAACGAAAUCGUUAUUCCGCUACCGGCAAUGCCAGUCGCCAUAUGGACAAAAUGAGGGUACUGUAAUUGAUUGAUGUAAAGAAUAUCCACCAUUUCAAUCCCGCCCUUGACAGAACAAAGUUUAGUUAUUGUUCUUGCGUGUGUAAUCGUGUCUAGUCGGAUACAGUGUUUCGAAUUGCGGCAACAAAAAUGGCACCGAAUUUACCUGUACAUUUAUGCAUAUUUUUGAUCCUCUCAUGUGUGGAUUCCUGCUUUAUCCCUGUCUCCAUACAAGCAACAGUACCUCGGACAGUACAAGUUGGACAUGUUAUUGCAAAAGUUGAUGUGGACCAAUGUGACACCAUCACAUUGCACUUUACAACUAGUGACCCCGACUUCACAGUACGACCUGAUGGCACUAUAGUAACAGACGCCAUCACCAUGGUACCAGCCAAUGGCAGAACAUUCUCAGUGCAGUUUCAGGACCCCAAUGCUCAGAAGAGAGAAAUGAAUGUUUACCUUGUCCAGGACUCUAGAAAGGUAUUGAAAGACGGCCUACUAAAGCGCUCCAAAAGACGUUGGAGUCCUCUGCCCUUCAACAUCAUAGAAAAUGACGUUCAGCCAUUUCCAAAGGACGUUGAGCUGAUUGCGUCUGAUUCGUCGGCCACUCGCAGUGUGUACUACACCAUCAGUGGGCCCGGAGUGACAGAGGAGCCUGUGGGUGUGUUCAGUGUGGUGAUGGAGACUGGGAUGUUGAAGGUCAACAAAGCUGUCGACCGCGAGAGAACCCCUCAGUUUGUAUUUCAAGCCAGAGUGUUUGACAGAUACACCAACCAGGAGACAGAUCUACCAUUACCCAUCACAGUGAAUGUAGAUGAUGUGAACGACAAUGCACCAACUUUCACUGGCCUACUGCAGUUUACUGUGCUGGAGCAAAGCAAAGCAGGGACGAUGGUGGGGAUGGUGAAUGCCACAGACAUAGACGAGCGUGGUACAGACCACACUAAGAUCAGGUACUCUCUCCUCUCUAGGACUAACCUGUUCUACAUUAACCCAGAGACAGGAGUCAUCAGCACCAAAACAGACACCCUCGACAGAGAGGUGAAUGAUAAGUAUUUGGUGACAGUGGAAAUCAGAGACAUGAAUGGAGCUCUGAGUGGUCUGUUCAACACAGCCACAGCCACCAUUGUGUUGGGUGAUAUCAACGACAACCCUCCCACAUUCACAAAGACAUCUUACGAUGUAAAAGUUAAAGAGAACCAAGGAGAGGGACUCAUCCUCAGAAUCCCCAUUGAAGAUAAGGACUUGGUGAAGACACCAAACUGGAACACUGAGUUUGUCAUCCAAAAGGGGAAUGAAAACGGGAACUUCAGGAUCGAAAGAGACCCCAAAACGAAUGAAGGACUAAUUUACCUAAUAAAGCCUCUAGACUACGAGAAGACCAAGAACCUAAAGCUGGAGGUGUUGGCCUGUAACCAGGCUGAGCUGAGUGGGACCACGGCCCAGUGGAUGUCCAUCCCUGUAGACGUCUCUGUAGUGGACGAGGACGAGGGACCAGAGUUCACCGCCCCCACCGUACUCUUCACAGUCAAGGAGAACACUCCUAACGACACCCUGAUUGGGACCUACAUAGCCGUAGACCCAGAGACCAAGAGCAGCGCCGGCAUCAAGUAUUACAAGGUCUCAGACCCUGCUUCAUGGAUCAAGGUAGAUGAAAGCACCGGACAGCUGAAGAUCGCUAAUAAUAUCGACAGGGAGUCCCACUUUGUAACGAAUGGCGUGUACAACGUCACUAUGAAAGCUGUUGAUGCCAGUCUCAAGACAGGUACAGGGACAGUGAUUAUUCAAGUGGAGGAUGUGAACGACCAUGUCCCAGUCAUCCCCUCUAAAGACCUGGUGGUGUGUGAGAAGGAUGGGGGAGAGAUGGGCUCCGUGCUGGUGGUAGCAGAGGACAAAGAUCGAGCUCCAUUCUCCGCCCCCUUCAGCUUCGAACUGGGAGAGGAGCAUGAUGGAAGAUGGGCUGUGAAGCGACUUAACGACACUGCAGGGAUGUUGGAGCACACAAAGGAGCUCCCUAUUGGUCUGUAUACUGUCCCCCUGAUGGUCAAGGACUUACAGGGAUUUGGAAAGACCCAGACUGUAACGGUCCAGAUCUGCCGCUGCAGGAACGGAGCGUGUUUGGCCUACCAGAACUCCACGUCGCUGGGGGUGUGGGCCAUCCUGGCCAUGCUGCUGGCGCUGUGCCUGCUGCUUCUUCUCUGUAUCUUCUUUGCAUUCAUCUGUGUUACAAAGAAUGAGAAAAUGGAGCUGGAAGAUAUAGGAGGCAGUGGCGGUAUCCUCCUGAAGUCUAACAUUGAGGCCCCAGGGGAUGCAGUGGAUUCAAAUCUCAUCAUUGUUCCUGCAUCUGGGAUCGACUCAUCAGUGAAGGGAUCCAUGAUUGACGUGGGGUGGGUGGGAGCUAAGAACUCUGGUAUGAUUGGAGGAGGCCUGGGCGCUCAGCAGUCCGGCGGCGUCAUAGUGACCAAUAUGGAGACCGGCUUCUCUGGCCAAUACGAAGGCAGCCAAUACGUUGGACAAUAUGGCAGUGGACAAUAUGCCAGUGGACAAUGUGGUGGAGGUCAAUAUGGCAGUGGAAACAUGACUUUUGACAACACACGUUUCAUGAAAUUCAACAACUCUGCAGCUUGGCACACCUGGCAAACCAACGGGCUGUUUUUACAACAGAAGUUGGCUUACCUAGGGACGAGGGAGGAGGGGCGAUAUGCCGAUGACAUCAUCCACGAGUACGGCUUCGAGGGGGUGGGGUCUCCAGCCGGCUCAGUGGGCUGCUGCAGUGACCAAGGCAACCAGGAAGACCUGGACUUCCUAAACACAUUGGGGCCAAAGUUCAAGAUAUUAGCUGAGGUCUGUAACAAGAAAUGAACAAAGAGAAUGUAAUGCAUUAUGUUUUUAUUACUGUAAGUGUACUCUUUUUCUGAUAAUACCAUGAAUUUUAGGAAUCUGUUAAGAGGGUUGCAAUGCUAUCAUUCAGAGUAAUCACACUGAAUUGCUGUUUGUUGGUUAGAGACAUUUUGGACUGGAAAGUACCAUGUAUUUACUUGUACAGCAAAUACUCCAGUGUUGAAUCAACUCUGCGAUUUGUUAAAUGUAACACUUUUUCAGAGUCUAUACGGGUCCACACUUUUUUCAGUGAUAUUAACAUUUUAAUGAACACCUGUAGUGUUAAGGUAACUUGUAUUUGGGGUAUGGUGUAAAGCCUUAUUUGCAUAUUUCCCAGUGAGCCUUACCUUUUCGAGUGAAUUGUAGAAUUGUUAGUGACAAAGACAUGGUCAUUGCAUUCGUUCAUUUUCUGUCCUGUGGCUUUCAUCAAAUAAAAUGAUUAACAGUGGCCUGAAACUCCUAGUUUACAGGCCACAUCAGGCUUGCAUUCACAUUAUGCUGGCUUGCAAGGUGAUGUCAUUCCUAUUGGAAUCUAGCCAGAGUGUGGAUAUCCAAGAGUUUACAUUUUUGAUCACCCGUAGCCUGCAUUCAGAAUGACUGUCAGAGUUUGGAAAAUUGAUAGAUGAGACUACCUAAACCAUCUAAACUGAAACAACCAUUGCAAUAAAUCUAACUAACAGAUAGAAUUAGUUUAGAAAGAAUUAUGUUAUUUAUCUUUGUGUAGCAUAAUAUUCAUUGAUCAGUCAAUGUACAUGCAAAAACACAGAUAUUGAAACAAACAAUAAUACAAAUAAAAAACUGUAAUAGAGCAUGCUGGGAAAUAUGGUAAUGAUGGCCGUGGUUUUAAGUGUUUUAAUCACACUCAAAUCUGGUUAUUAACACCAACAAUGGAGUUAUUUUGCACCACUGAGUGUUCGUUUAAAUCCUGAACCAACACCAGAAAUGUUCCACAGAAAAAUCAACACUAGGUAACACUGACCAAUUUCCUGUGUGUAAAUUGUGUACAUUAUGUGAUUUUAGCGCUAAAGAUUUUUUGUUUGUUUGUUGGCAUUGGUCAUGUUAUUUUAUUUGUAUAUUAUGGUAAAGCCCCAUGAAGUUUAGUAUCGUAGAAUCAAAUGUUUAUUCAUGUGACGCUAAAAACAGGUGCCUUGAAGAAUACAUGAAUAUUUGACUAGAUUAUUAGAUUUUUUAUAUAACCUAUGAAUUUAGGUGGAUGGGGUACAAACAUUACACACUAUUCUAUAUGGGUGUUGAUUAGACUACAUUGGAGCUUCUAUGUUUAAUUGGUCACACUACGAUCGUCCCUCUAAUCCACAGGUGUCAAACUCAUUCCACGGAGGGCCGAGUGUCUGCGGGUUUUCGCUCCUCCCUUGUACUUGAUUGAUGAAUUAACAUCACUAAUUAGUUAGGAACUCCCCACACCUGGUUGUCUAGGGCUUUAUUGAAAGGAAAAACCAAAAACCUGCAGACACUAGGCCCUCCGUGGAAUGAGUUUGACACCCCUGCUCUAAUCCAUUCAAUUCCUAGGAUUGAUUGGCUGCAGAGAGUCUUGUGUUUAGACUAGAACAGAAUGUUAUAGGUGCUUCUGUUUAAAAUAAAAGGUUCUGGGUGCUUCUUUUUAUAAUAUAAUGUUCUGCCUGCUUCUGUUUAGAAUAGAAGGUUCUGAGUGAUUAUUUUUAGAAUAGAAGGUUCUGAAGAGACAGGUGCUGAUACGGCCCAUGGGGUUGAUGAGACAGUGUCUGACAGUGAGUCAGUUCACACACUCAGCAUGAGGCUGAGUGUGUGAACAGGGAGGGGUUUGAACCAGACAGACAGCCUGUGAGUAUUCAUAGUGACAUGUGAUUGAUUGAUCCAUAGAAAGGGAGAUACCUAGUCAGUUGUACAACUGAAUGCUUUCAACUGAAAUGUGUCUAACUGAAACGUGUCAGAGAGGUGCGGGAGGCUGCCUUUAUCAACAUCCACAGCGCACAGGGAACAGUGGGUUAACUUUCUCAGGGGCAGAAUGACAUAUUUUUACCUUGUCAGCUCGGGGAUUCAAUCCAGAAACCUUUCGGUUACUGGCCCAACAUGCUGCCCCCUAUGACAUUACUAGAGGGGCUAUGUCAUAAACCCUCAAAGUUCGUUCCAUAAUGGGGCGAAAAUGGCAGCCAUUUUGGUCAGGGAGAAAUCCAAAACUAGUCUAGUUGGAAUGAAUGGCAGUAGAGGGAUAGGUGAUGCAUUUCCUGAUUUUACUUAUGCAGAAAAAUAAAAGUAAGGCAUGUGAUGUAUCAGAAAUUGUGUAAUGAAAUUAUAGUCAACCUCAAAUAUUGUCAUAUAAAUACAAUGUAUAUGGGUUUUAUACAAAUGUUAUAUGUAAAUAGCCCCUAAAUGUCUCAGAUUUAGUUUUAUUGGAAAGCAGUGCGUGCUAUUAUAUGAUACAAUAUCAGUACUUGUUGCAUUUACAACUUGUCUAUGUCCUAUCAUCAACUGAUUUGAACCAGUGUAGUGGCUGUGGAUUGACUGCAUUGUUUGAAUGGAUUGUUGGCAUAUUGGGAGUUAAUUUGGAAUCAUUCAUCUAAAACUGUUUGGCUAGCUAGCUGACACACAUACAGUGCAGAUAAAUUCUUCACAUUCAUUGUUUUACACAGUAUCUUAUCACAACUCUGGCAAACUCCCUGACCAACAUGGCUGACCUUUGGCCAUUUAUUAGAAGGUUCAUUUCCAUUCUAGUUUUCUAAUUCCUAAUUCUAUGGAUUCAACAGCAUUGUUCUAUGUUCAUAUUAUUCAUUUGGAAUUCAAUUACCAAACUGACCCAUUUUGUAAAUUAAUCGUAUUGCCUAUUUCGUAAAUGUCAAAUUUUGCUAAUAUGUUUUUUAAAAGUAAAUAAUAUAAAAUACA